GCCGGCUGCGCCGGGGGAUGCGGCCCAGGCCGCGGGCAGCGAGACCCCUUGGGGUAACCCCCGGUGGGGAGAGUCGGGGUCCAGGGCCUGUGGAGCAUUAGGACACAAAGGGGGAAUGCGAAGACGGGGCACUUUGACGAGCCAUGUAGAUCCCAGAUGCCAUGGGGAGAGGCCACCGUGCAAGGUCCAGGGUCAUGAACCUAUGCCUGAGGUGCCCGUGGCGAGGCUCCCAUGCCGCGGUGAGACACUGACAGCCAAGAGGCUCCAGGAGAUGUCAGACACAGUCAAGCCACUCCAGGAGAUGUCAGACACAGAUGAGCUGUCUACUGUGUCCCUACCAGUUGUGCCCAGCAGGGUGCCAUCCCCAGAGACUGGGAAGGAUCUCUCUGGGAUCAAGCUGCCUCCCUGGCUUGGAAAAUGGGGGACUAGUCCCGAAAAGGAAUCCCCAGCCACAGUGCCGGCACUGCCCCCUACCCCACCCACGCCAGCAGAGAAGCCCAGCCAGUCGGUGCCCCAAUGGAGCCGUGUGACUCAUAACUGGCAGAAGGAGAUACUCGUGGACCCCCUGGACUCUCAGCCAGGGAAGGAUUUGGGCAGUGAGGACUCCCAGCAUGACUACCAUGGACUACCGAUCCAUCAGUUUCUCUCCUCACUCACUGACAGUUCCCUCCCGAAGGACUGCCCACCUCUCAGGGCCCUGCUGCUGUGGCAAGGGUGUCACCACCCUCUUCGGCAGAAACAUUCCCUUCAAGAGGAAUGCAGCCUUCUCCACUCCCAUUACCAUGUACUUAGGACAUCCCGAGCCCUUCAACCUCUGUGACCCCUACGAUCCCCUGAGCAGCCAGCUCCAGUCCCACAAGCAAUAAAAAUCAAGGGGACACAGAUGGUCCCAGCACC